UUCCUGUACCAGAGAAACCUGUGUUUGUGAAUGUGGUUAUUCACUCGCUUUACAAGCCUUGUGGGAACUACAGGUGAAGAUCCAAGAUGGAGAGCUAUAUUGUGGGGAUCUGCAUUGCAGUGUGUGGAAACUUUCUCAUCAGCAUCUCCUUAAAUAUCCAGAAAUACACACACAUGCGUCAGUCUCAGCGCGGGACGAAGCCGUACUACACCAGUCGUCUGUGGUGGUGUGGGAUCUUGCUCAUGGGAUUGGGAGAACUGGGAAACUUUGCUGCGUAUGGAUUUGCUCCUGCCUCGCUCAUCGCUCCUCUCGGCUGUGUGUCUGUCAUUGCAAGUGGUGUUAUUUCGGUGUUGUUCCUCAAGGAAACAUUACGUGCUUCAGAUAUCCUCGGAGGAGCUUUAGCUCUGACCGGCACCUACUUUCUGGUGACCUUUGCCCCUCAUGCAUCCCCUCAUGUGACGGCCAACAUGGUGGAGCGCUCACUGGUCAGCUGGAUCUUUCUCAUCUACUUUGCAUUCGAGGCGAUUCUCUUUGCUAUCCUGAUGUAUCUGUACAAGUGCAGGAACAUGAAGCACAUCGUGAUCAUCAUGAUCAUGGUGGCGUUACUCGCGUCGGUGACGGUGAUCUCAGUGAAGGCCGUUUCAGGAAUGAUCACGGAGACGAUCAGAGGAAGUCAUUUACAGCUCACCUAUCCCAUCUUCUACAUCAUGUUCAUCAUCAUGAUCACCUCCUGCGCCUUCCAGAUCAAGUUUCUGAAUCAGGCCAUGAAGCUGUUCGACGCCACGGAGAUCGUGCCCAUCAACUACGUGUUCUUCACCGCCAGCGCCGUCGUCGCCGGCAUUUUAUUUUAUGAAGAAUUUAAUGGUUUAUCGGUCAUAUCCACCAUCAUGUUUGUGGUCGGGUGUCUGCUGGCAUUCACUGGAGUUUUCCUGAUUGCACGAGCUCGACCCAGAAUCAAGAUGGACAGCGUGUUCAUUUCUAUGGGCCAGAUUCCAGGGAAAAGUUGUACGGAUAAAGUGCAACCGCAGCCAGACGGCAAUAAAUACGGAGCGCUGGCGUCUAAAUUCACCUGCAACAGCGGAAUACAGCAGGACGAGCCAUAGAGAGAGAGAGAGAGAGAGGGAGAGAGAGAGAGAGAGAGAGAGGGAGAGAGAGAGGGAGAGAGAGAGAGAGA